AUGGCGGGUCGAAUUCGCGUGCUGAACGUGGUGGCAGCGGUUGCCAUCGUGGUGAUUCUGUACUAUGUGGGUCGGCCGCUGUACUGGGAGAUGGAAGCGAGGUUGCAGGAGUACCGCGAGGGCCUCUCGGACGCCACUGCCGCUGGCACGACGGGAACAGCAGCGCAGGGAGGAACCAUUCGGCCCGUCGGCAACGCGCGAGGGCUGGAGGCAGCGGCGCUGCAGGGCCUGCCCAGGGAGGCGUCCAUGGCGCUCAUGGCGCUCGACGUGGUGGACCCCGACGCUGCCUCGCCCGCCAACCCCGCUGCAGCACACCACGUCCCGGCUGGACCAGUUGCAGCAGCGGAAUCAGCUGGAGCGACAGGGUCGGGAGGGGCAGACGAGGCAGGAGCAGCGGAAGGAGAGGUAGGGGCAACAGAAGAGACAGGAGCAUCAGGGGCAGCAGGGGCAGCAGGGGCAGGGGGCAAGGAGGAAACGCCAGGCGCAGCAGGAGUAUCCCUGGAUCUCCCUUCAGACGCACCUGCAGCAACAGCCCCGGCACUAGGAACGACUGCUGGAGAAGUGGAUGCAGGCGCGACUUCCACGGAUUCAUCUGGGGCAGGCGCAUCUGGGGCGGGGCCAUUCGCGAAUGGCGUGCGCCCCAUUCUGCACGAGGGCAGGCCGCUGCUGGCCGCCCUGAAGCGCGAGAUCUGGGAGAAGCCUCCCCCGGGCAGCGCGGUGCCAGCGAGGGCCGAGUUCGCCCUGCGGCGGGAGAUGGUGGAGCAGCGGCAGCGCGAGGGCGUGGUGGUGGUGACGUUCGCCAACCACGCGUUCCUCGACUUCGUGCUCAACUGGGUGCGCCACCUCACCGACCUCGGCGUCCACAACAUCCUCGUCGGCGCCAUGGACACCAAGUUCUUGGAGGCGCUGUGGAGGGAGGGCGUGCCGGUGUUUGACCUGGAGAGCGGCAUGACGUCGGACGACCCGGGGUGGGGCACGCCUGUGUUCCACGCCAUGGGGCGCGAGAAGGUGACGCUCAUCAACGUGUUCCUGUCGCUGGGCGUGCAGCUGCUCAUCUGCGACACCGACACCGUCUGGCUCAGAAACCCGCUGCCGUACAUGGCGCGCUACCCCCAGGCGGACGUGCUGACGUCAUCGGACCAUCUGGUGCGGUCGGUGGACGACGAAUCGCUGGAGCACUGGGACCAGGGUGAGUCGCUGGAGCACUGGGACCAGG